ACCCGUCAGGCAGGUUUCCCGGAGCAGCAGCCCAGCCGGAGCGAGCCGUCCGGCGCCGGGAAUGCCCCUCCGCCCGCUCGCAGGCUGACGGAGCCCCCGGCUCUCUGCUCGCCACCGCCGGAGCCAUGCGGGCGGCCGGGCUGCUGCUGGCCUGGGCGCUGCUGCGCGCCGCUGCCAGCCAGCAGUGCCACCCGUCCAGCCCCGGCGGCGUCCUGCGCUUCACCGACAGGCACGCCGAGAUCCGGGUGCCGGCGCUGCACCGCGUGCCCAGCUCGCUGGAUCCCCUCUACGGCCUCGUCCGGCGCUGCCUGGACCUCAUCCAGCAGAACCCGCUGCCCACAGAGCUGCUCAGGACAGUGCUGAACGACCCCGGCUCGGUGCAGACAUCGCAGGUGGUGCAGUACGAGCUGGGCUAUGUCGUCUGUGCCGCCGUGGCUCUGCUCUUCACCGUGGCCGUGCCGGUGGCUGGGAUGUGCUUCUGCUACUGCCGGAGCCGGCGGCGCUGCGGGGGCCGCCUCCGCGCCCACCGGCGCUCGCUGGGCUGCCGCCGCCGCUGCCUGCUGGCCUGCCUGUCCUUCACCUCCCUCGUCAUCCUGGUCAGCGUCACCUGCGCCUUCGUCACCAGCCAGCGGGUGAAGGGGCAGAUGGAGCCGGGGCUGGGGGCCGUGCCCUCCACCCUGCGCACGCUGCGACAGCACCUUGCCAACGUCCCCCAGGGCGUGCAGAUGGUGGUGGACAAGUUCGAGGUGCCCCGAAAGCAGAUCAUCUCCGACCUGGCGGGGCUCAGCCGGAGCGUGGGGCUCUCCAUCCACGCGCAGCUCAAGGCCAUAACCUACGCAGCUCUGGCGGACCUGCAGGACAGGGCCAGAGACCUACAGACCUCGCUGCACCAUUUACAGAUUGUGCACAGGACGGCGCGGGCGCUGGCGGCGGCGCGGGCCGAGCUGGAGCCGGCGCUGCGGGAGCGAAGGCACCGUGUGGUCGCGCUCCUGGACGACCCGCGCUGCACCUCCUGCGCCAGUGUCCUGGGCAGGGCACAGGGCCUGCAGCUGGGCGCCGACUACGGCAAGGUGCCGUCAGUGGAGAAGGUGUUGAAGGCGCUGGCCGGUCUGCCCCGAAGUGACUUUGCGGAGAUGAUUCACCAGGGCAAUGGCACCUUCAACUCCAUCCCGGAGCUGGCCGUGGAGAGGAUGGCGCAGGUCAUCCAGGGUGAGUGGGGCUGCCACAGUGAGUGGGGACAUCCUGCACGCGGGGAAUCCUCUUGGGGACACGGGGUGGGGUGCAGGGACCAUCCACCCCUCCAGCCCAGCCUUGGCCCCGCAGAUCUGCGGGCCGAUCUGGCCCGCACGGCAGAGAAGGUGCAGUCCAUCGCCGACGGCUUCCCCCUCCCCGACUACACACGGCCCGUGAGCGAGGCGCUGGAGGAGGCGGAGCACCGGAGCCAGCCGUACCUGCGGGAGGCGGAGCGCUUCGAACACUACAGGUGGAUCGCGGGCACGGUGCUGUGCUCCAUCAUCCUCCUCAUCCUCGCCUGCAACGUGAUGGGAAUGGCCCUGGGGACGUACGGGCUUUCCAAGCGGGAGGACCCCAGCGACUACGAGUGCCGAGGAGAAGCUGGCGCCAAGUUUCUCCUGGUCGGCGUGGGCUUGGCUUUCCUGUUCUCCUGGCUCCUCAUCCUCCUGGUUUUCGCCACCUUCCUGGUCGGGGGCAACAUCCAGACACUGGUUUGCAGGAACUGGGUCAACCAGGAGAUUUAUAAGUUCAUCGACACCCCCGGGAAUCUCCCUCCGUCCAUGAACCUCACCCGCCAGCUCAACCUCAGGAGGGACUCCAACCUCAGCUCAGCGUACCGGGAGUGCAAGAGCGGUGCGGGGCUCUGGGAGGUGCUGCAGCUUGACAGCUCCUACGACCUGGACGAGCACCUGAAAGCCCCCAAGUACACAGCUGAUUUCCAAAAACGCCUGGGAGACUUCACGGCGGACCUGGGAGAGGUGAGGCUCCUGCGCAGCGAGGGCAGGCAGGACCUGGAGACCUUCGCCCGCAGCGGGGUGGACGAGGUGGACUACGGGCGCUUCCAGGAGGAGAUGGAAAACCCCGUGGUGCAGACCAGCCUGCCCGGCUUGGCGAGGAACCUGGAGGGGCUGCAGAAGAUGCAGAGGAACAGCACGGUGGCCGGGCGGCUCGCAGCCGAGGCGAGGGCGCUGUGGCACAUGCAGAACUCCACGGUGCAGUCGCAGGAGGCUUUGGUGGCAAAGCUGGGGGAAAGCGUCCAGUUCCUCUCCCACUUGGCACCGCACCUCAAGGAGCGGGUGAGGAGAACGCUGGCCACCACGGCUUCGGUGGAAGCCCGGCUGCCGGUGCAGGCCCAGCAGAUCCUGCGGCAGGAGCUCGGCUGCUUCACCAGGAAGGAGCUGCGGUAUUUCUCCCAGUACCUCAACUGGGUCGGGCAGACGCUGAGGGAGGACGUGGCUUCGUGCCAGCCGCUCGCCACGGCCCUGGACAACGGGCGGGUCAUCCUGUGCGACCGCAUCGCUGAGCCCUGGAACGCCUUCUGGUUCAGCCUGGGCUGCUGCACCUUCUUCCUCAUCCCUAGCAUCAUCUUCGCCGUCAGACUCACCAAACACUUCCGCCCCAUCCGCAACCGGCUCAUCUCCACGGGGUCAGAGGAGACCUGUCCCUUCCACAUCCCCCGUGUCACGGCGCUCAAGCUCUAGGACGGGGCUCUGCCGGGUGCGGCACCCCAGGAACUGCCACAAACCCAAACCCAAGCCCAACCCCAAAGCACCGACCUGUGCCAAAGCUCCGCGGGGCUCCGGAUCCCUCUGACGUCUCUUUCUCGGUGUCCUUUGGGGUCUGACGUCCUUCCCGGGCGUGGGAAGUGCGGGAAUUGGGAGAUUUGGGAUCUCUGGGGGGCUCCCGGCUGAUCCCGGCUGGAAGGGGAGGUUCCCCCACCCCUCUGACACCCCACAGCAAUCCCCCACUGCCGGCACCCCAUGGCUGUGUGGGGCUCAUUAAAACCUUCUCCUAAAAA